AUGCUUGGUGGUAAGGUUCUGUGGAAACGUAUUCAUGAACCCUAUCCUACAUCUUUAUACUUUAAAUCAUCUGGUUUGUUAUAUUUAAACUUUGAUCCAUACUAUUAUGUAUAUGCUUAUGAUGGUAACAGCUGGGUUCUAAGAAAAGAUCUCUCGCAUCGUUCCGCCGUUAAGUUAGAUCCAUCUAUGUAUCCCAAAGAUAUCACCAUUGUGACUGAAAAAACAGUUGGUGAGUCCUUGAAGCUGGUUGAGAAUGAUACAGACCUGUACAGGGUCUAUGAUCAUGGUAAUGGAAUAUUCUUAUACGUCUUCGAUACAAACUCUAGAUGUGUCGAGGUAAAGUAUCGUGGUCAUACUGUUACCAAGAGGCAGUCCCGUGGUCCAUAUCCAAGAAGAAUUGUUUUUUAUUCAGAAUCUUUAACAUUUGAAUUUGAUUUCGAAAGUCGGUCAACCGUUUAUAGAGUAUAUGACGCUGGCUGGUACAUAUCUGAUGAUUCCAAUAAGUUGGAACACAUUGAGUAUCAACCCCCUGACUGGAUUCUAAAACAUUCAUAUUACAAAUUUGGAUCCAAACUAUCCCUAUCUAAGCUCACAAUAAUGACCUCUGAUAACAAAGAUGGUUCCGGUGCCAAACCCAUAUAUAUCAAGAGUUCCAUGUUUCAUUGUAAUAAAUGGAUUUCAGGGUACUUCUAUCCAGUCAACGGACUUUAUCUCGAACUCGGCUACAAAGGUCUCGUCUUUUUCAAGUCGACAGAUUAUCCUUAUAGAGGAAACCCAAGAGUAGUCCUAUUCGACCUUGAUAAUCAUAACAUAUGUGUUUUCUUCGAUACCGGAUUCAAAGUAUCUUUUAAUCACAUAGAUGAUUCCGAUAAGGAAACAGUUCUUCAAGCUGAACGUAUGCCUAGGACUGUGACUAAACCUGAAACUGAUAGUGAUAGUGAAACUGAGACUACACCAGUACAAAAAACUGUUAUUACUCCAGCAAAGGCAACCCCUGCAAGUGGGACUAAGUCAUUCACUCGGAGUGUGGUUAGAACCCCUAAGGAACCAGUUAAAACUAAGUCUCCCGAAUCUAAGUUAGUAUCAGCUCCAGUCGCCAAGGAACUCUCUAAAACACCUGAGACUAAACCUCCUGUCAUAACAAUCCUGCCCAAACCCAUUCGUCCCAAAUCUUUCACUAAUGUCACCGUUGAUAUCGAGAAGAAACAGAGCACCAAUGCGUUUAACUACUAUAAGAAUGACAAUUUUAGAACAUAUGUCCCAAAGCCUGGUUAUCUAUUCAGUAAGGUUACCGAGCGAGCCGUAGUUAUCUGGAAAUCUAGAGAUGUGUUUGCAACCUUUGUUACAACUAAAAGAAAAAAUUUUCUAGUCAUCCUCCUUCAAAGUGGUAGCAUUGUACUAUUUCACAAGACUAAUGCUGAUCAACCAUGGGAAGACAUAACUAAUAAGAGAUAUGAUGUAACUAAAUUCAAAUUCCUUGGUGAGAAUGAUGCUGAAAUAUCUACGUCUGAUUAUAAGGUUACUCUAGUUAAGACCGUAGUAGAAUUCACAUUAAAUGAUGGAGUUGACUGUAAUAAGAUUAAGUAUGAAAAUCAAGUUAUUUGGGAAUAUACCGAUAGUUUAUUUAAGCAGUUUGAACUUGGCCUCGUUUCAAACGAAUUCCAUCCACUUUAUAGCAGUGCUUAUCGGAGAAAAGUUGAUUAUAAAGUACCAAAGCUUUCUCCUGAAACCGAACCAACUAAGACUACUGAACCCAAGCCAGCUUCAGCUCCCGUAUCGUCUGUUACUACAACUGAAACAAAGGCAACUCCGACUACGUCACCUCCACUAACUGCACCUCCUGAGGCUAAACCUAUAAUACCUACUACACCUGAAGUAAGUGGAGAGGUAGUUACUCCAGCCAAGGCCGCUACUGUAACAACACCUGCUAAAGCUCCUAGUCCUAAAGUUCCAACUCCUCCAACAGCUGAUGAAUCUGCCACUCCUUCUACAACACCUGAUGAAUCUGCUACUCCUGUUGUAACAACACCUGCUAAAGCUCCUGAUGCUAAAGUUACAACUCCUCCAACACCUGAUGAAUCUGCUACUCCUGUUGUAACAACACCUGCUAAAGCUCCUAGUCCUAAAGUUCCAACUCCUCCAACAGCUGAUGAAUCUGCCACUCCUUCUACAACACCUGAUGAAUCUGCUACUCCUGUUGUAACAACACCUGCUAAAGCUCCUGAUGCUAAAGUUACAACUCCUCCAACACCUGAUGAAUCUGCUACUCCUGUUGUAACAACACCUGCUAAAGCUCCUGAUGCUAAAGUUACAACUCCUCCAACACCUGAUGAAUCUGCUACUCCUUCUACAACAGCUGAUGAAUCUGCUACUCCAGCUAAGGCAACUCCAUCUGCUACUCCUUCUACAACAGCUGAUGAAUCUGCUACUCCUGUUGUAACAACACCUAAGGCAGCUCCCAAGACUGAAGUUGUAAAGUCGACUGACCCUGUACCAGCAAAAGUUAGUGUAUCGGUUGAGGCUCCAACUGGCAGACCUAGACCCAAGAGGGCACCUGAAGCUGCCACUGGUCCCAGGACAGCAGUUCCAGUUAACAUCACUGUUAAAGAAAGUAGUAGUACGGUUGAUUUCAGUGAGGAUUAUCUGAAAAAUGUUAAGAUAUACAGUGCUAAGCUGAAAUACGCAUUCAACCAAAUUGUUAUUAGUUGUUGCUCUGGUUGCUGUAAGUGUGAGAAAGUCAUAUGGGAAACCACAGAUCCAAAACAAUAUUUUGAUAAAGUCUUCGUUGAUGGUUUAGGCACAUGUGCAACUACUAGAAAUUUUAGUAUUCACUUGUGUAACGGGUCUUUUAAGCACUUUGGUAAAAAAAGCUGUGGAGGUGGCUGGAGUGAGUAUCCCAGUAUCAUUGAUCUCGAUUUAAAAACAAAGGAUAGUAACAUCCAACUUGACUUAAUUGAGAAGGAUAACUGUAGGACAUAUGUAGCUAAGCCUGGUUAUACAAUCAGAAGAAUUAGGAAGAACAAGAAGUGUGGUUCAGGCUGUUGUGGAGAAAGAGUUAUUUGGGAGUCCAUAAAAGAUAACGCCCUUAAGGUUGUACUCGUGGGUAUCAAAAAGGAAGAGAAACAUCUUUCAAUACUACUGGAGACUGGAGAGCCUGUCUUCCUAUACAAGGAAGGUAAGGGUAAGCCCUGGCAGAAUGUCACAGCCAGCAAGAAUAAGUUAACUGACCUGAGGAUGUAUGCCUUGGCUGAGGGGAAUAAACAAAUGGAGCUUCACAGAGGUCACUACUCAGUAACCUUAUUUGGUACAUUCUAUGGGUGUCUGUUCUAUGACGACGUUUGCUGUGUGAAGGUUAGCCAUAAGGAUAAGACUAUUUGGGACAAGAAGGAGGAAAAAGAGUUUGGCAAUCUGAAGGGAGUAUUCCUUGAUGUUACUUUGAAUAAGUUCAGUGUAAUGAAUGAUGAUGAUAGAUACUGGUUAUGUGAAGAGGUAAAGAAGAUUAAUCCCGUGAGGCUUGACAUCAAUGAGAAGGCCAGUACUGAAGACUACGAUUACACUGUAGAUCAUAACAGAAAUAUUAACAUAUACACAGCCAAGGGUAAUUCAAUGUUUAACCAGGUGGCCAAGGGUCAAGCAGUUGCUUGGACGACCAAUGAUCCCACCAAGUAUGCAUCCAAGGUCUUUACUAGUAUGGGUUUAACUAUCGUGACCAUAUACUUGUUGAAUGGUGAUAUUUUACACUAUCGUAAGCCUGAAGGAGGUUCAUGGAAUCCGAUUCCUAAUAAGAUAUGCCUUGAACUCAACAGGACCUCAAGCAGAAUUUUCUAUGACUUUCAUCAUGAUGGUGAGAAAAGGACUUUCACUGCAAAACCUGGAUUCCUAUUCAACUCCGUCAUCCUCAAAAGUUCUUGGACCUGGCUAGUGUGUGGCUCUAGUUGUUGUAAGUCUGGAUGUCUUUCAGAUAAAGUUUUCUUGGACUCUCAAAAGGAUGAUCAAUGUUCAACCAAGGUUGUAGUCUAUGGUACAGAAUCAAGUAUCAAGAACAUUAACAUAUUCCUCAAAAAUGGUUCGGUUGUUCACUUUCAUAAGGUUGGCAAGAAGUGGUUCUCAGAAACACCAAUUGUUGUUGACAUUGAUAUUAAUAAAGAUAAUGAUCUUUUCGACUAUAGGCCCACAAGAACAUUUGGUCACUUCAAUCCUAAAGCCAAUUUGACUAUCGAGAAGAUAGUGAAGAAAAACAGGGAUAUAUGGAAGGCACAAAAAGAUCAUGGUCUCAAAGUGGUUCUCAUGGGUUCUGGUAAAGAAGAGAAACAUCUGUCAAUACUUUUGCAGAGUGGCAACUUUGUACUUCUUCAGAAGAGUGGUAAGGGAGAGUCAUGGAAAGAUAUUACCAAGAAUAAACAUAACUUCCAAGGGGUAAAGUUGUACUCUCUGGAUGAGGGUACCUCAAAGUACCGUGAGUUGACUAGGGAAGAUUAUGAUCCUACAGUAUUCGAGUCUAGGUAUGGCUAUGAGUUUAAAGAUGGUGUCAAGUGUUCCAAGAUUACCGACAACGAUAAGAUUGUGUGGACCCACACUGAUGACAUGGAGUUUGGAUAUCCUAAGGGUUUAUAUCUCGAUCUUCGUCAAAACACGUUCAGUAUCACGAACCUAAAAGAUCGCACAAAAGAACUUCACAAAGGCGAGGUAAGGAAGGUAAGCAGGUUCACUAAGGUUACUCUCGAUAUUGAGAAGACUCAUUUGGGUGAUAAGAUAGAUUACAGUCAGAUUGAAACUGUAUACACAUUCGUUCCUAACACCGGGCAUGCGUUCAGUAAGAUAUCUCUGGGAAACACUUCCAUUUGGCAGUGUAAAGAUGUUUGUGGUAUUUUGGUUAAGACUAAGACUAAGGAGAAUAAGAAAUAUGUAGCCAUUUUACUUGAAGACUAUUCCUUCUCACUGUUUGAACAGUAUGAUGGUAAGACAUGGAACGAUGUCACUGAUAAGAGAUAUGACGUGACUGCACUUAGGUUCUACGGGGAUAACGACAAACUUCUCAACGAUUCUGACUUUAAGGCUACCAUAGUUAACUAUUCAUAUGAGUUCAAAUUCAAUGAUGGAGUUACCUGUAAGAAGAUCAAGUAUGGAGAUGAUGUUGUUUGGAGACAUACAGAUGAUCCUGACUAUUCAACAAUUAAGAUGUUUCAUUUGGGCCUUAUUUCCAACAAGUUCUUAGUACUUAAAAGCCAAACUGAAGUUAAGAAAUUAGAAUAUAAAGGACCAAUUAAAGCUAAAACAGUCCCUGUGCAAACUCCUGUAAUAAAAACAACUACCAAACCUGAACCUGCUGCUAAACCUGAAAUAAUAUCACCACAAGUUUCAAAGGUCACUAGGGUCAUUUCUGUCAGUGAUACUGAAAGACCAUCGUUUGUUGAUCCUAAAUAUAAUCUAUUACAAACUUCUGGUGACCUAGCACCUGAUAAGGUUAAGUUGUAUUCAAGUAAAUCAGGAGGAAACUUUUGUAAAGUUGAGAAAUAUUUUGAUGAUCUUGACUAUAAUCUAGAAGGUCUUCAAUGUGAAUUUAUUACCCAUGAUGGGAAUUGUGUCUGGAGACGUGAGGAUGGUAAGGAAUAUCCCGAUUCGAUGACGCUUAAGGAUGACGAUACUAUAAUUGUCACUUUCCAUAAAGUUUACUAUAUCUGCUACAUGGAAAAUAAUGAGUGGAAAUCAGAAAUACGCUCCAGAGACGGCAAGGGUGCAAUUAUAAGUGGUCCAUCGUAUAAACUUGGCAAGGCUCCAGAGACUCCUGUUACCAAAGAUCCAGAUAAAGUUAAGGAACCUGAGCCAACCAAGGCUGAGGAACCAACUAAAGAGGCUCCUGAACCUGCCAAAACUACACCCAUUGCCACAGCGGAACCAGUUCCUAAACCAAAAACUGCCACUAAGCCCGUUACACUUGAUAUAGAGAAUAAACAAUCCACAACAGAGUUUGAUUACAAAAAGGAUGGUAGUGAUUUUCAUUUGUAUACCCCGAAGCCCGGGCAUUCUUUCACCAAGGUAACCGAGAAAGAGAAUGUUAUCUGGGAGUCUAAAGAUGGCAUACCUGGAACAUUGGUUAGAAAAAAUAAGGAUGAAUUCGUUGCCAUACUACUUGGUAAUUGUGAUUUUGUACUAUUUAACAAGGAUAAGAAUACCAAAACCUGGAAAGACAUCACUAGUCAGAGACAUAACGUUUCCGAACUGAAAUUUUUAACUGAUAAUGAUAAAGAGAUUGCUAGUUCCGACUUUACUCGAUCCAUUGUCCAUGAGUAUUCUUAUGAAUUUAAAUUCAACACUGGAGUUAAAUGCCUCAGUAUCAAGUAUGGCAACAAUGUAAUUUGGAAACACACGGAUGAUAACAAGUAUAAGGACAUAACGAAGUUUCAACUUGGUCUUGUUUCUAACAAUUUUUUCGUCUUCAAAAAUGAAAAUACAUUUAAGAAAGUAGAGUACAAAGGAGCAAUCAUUCCUCGUAAAGCUCAACCAACUGCAACUACUCAACCAAAGGAAGCUCCAGCUACGACUCCUGCAACAACAACUCAACCAAGUUCCGCACAACCUAAGGCUCCUGAAACGUCUUCUACUACAACUCCUACUCAGGUUCAACCUGCGGUCACUCCUGCUGCAACACCUAAGGUAGCUCCUUCGGACACACUCGUUACCCUUGACAUUAGUAAGACCCAGUCCACAGCCGACUUCGAGUACUCCAAGAAGAGUAAUUAUCAUACAUACACCCCUAAGUCUGGAAGUGUAAUUGGUAAUGUUACUCAUGGAACUACGGACAUCUGGGAGUCUAAAGAUGGUGUGUUUGGAACCCUUGUUAGAAAGAAGAAGGAUGAACUUUUUGUUAUCCUACUCAAGAACAACGAUUUUGUACUAUUUCAAAAGACCAAGAAACAGCCAUGGGCUGACAUAACCAAGGAGAGGCACAAUGUUACUGAACUGAAAUUCUAUGGAGAUAAUGAUACUGAGUUGAAGUCCACUGCCUAUUUAGUUACCGUGUUUGAAUUCUCAUACAGAGUCACAUUUAAAGAUCAAAACAGCUGCAAGAAAAUUAAGUACGGAGAUAAUGAGAUUUGGAAAUAUACCAAUGAUCCAUGUAAGCACUUUGAACUAGGUCUUGUUUCUAACAAUUUCUUCGUCUGCAAGAAUGAAAGCUCACAAAAGAAUCUAAAUUUCAAAGGGGGUAUCAUUCCUCGUGAUGCUCAACCAACGGCGGCUCCUACAACUACUCCGACUAUAUCAACUGUAACAACUGCUCCUGAGUCACAGACGGCUACAGCUAAGGGUCAACAAGAGCCUAAAGCUCAGGAUACUGACCAAGAAGAGGCUAAAUCUGCAACUCCUGCAACAGCUGCGCCUACGGCAACUGCUACUCCUACAGCUAAAGUAAGUGAAGGAGAAGGUCCUGAUUCAAAGGAAACAGCUGCCGAAACACCUCUUGAUGUAUCUUCAUAUACUCGUUUGAAGACGUCUGGUGAGACGCCACCGGAUACUGUCAAGUUAUACUCUAAAAAGAAAGGGGAACUUGUGUGUGCAGUUACAAAGGAUGAUGAUGACUAUGAAUAUAGCCUAGAGAAUCUUGAAUGUGAAGCCAUUACUCAUGAUGACAAAUGUGUUUGGAAACGUAAAGAUGGUCAGGGUCAUCCUCUGAAAAUGAUCUAUAACGGUGACGACAUAAUCACUAUCAAUUUCGAUGGAAGUUAUGUUCUCUGUACCAUGUUUAACAAUGAGUGGCAUUUAGAGGAACGUAAAUCUGCUUCGACUGGUAGUGCACCAGCUCCUGCAACAACACCUGCUAAAGCUCAAGAGGCUACAACUCCACCUCAACCGAAAGCAGUUCCUGCAACAGCUGCGACUACAUCAUCUUCACCAGCUAAAGUUACAACAACUCCUCCCGAAACUAAGGCACCUACGGCAACUACUCCUGCACCUCAAGUAAGUGGAACUGAAGUUACUCCAUCCAAGGCAGCUCCUGCAACGACUCAACCAAAGGCUGUUCCUGUAACUACACCUGCUACACCAUCUGCGACAACUCAACCAAGUUCUACAGAAGCUAAAGCUCCAACUGCUACUACACCUCAAGUAAGUGGAGGAGCAGUUACUCCUUCAACUGCAACACCUGCUAAAGCUGCUCCAGCGGCUACAGCUCAACCUCAACCGAAGGCAGUUCCUACAACAGCUCCGACGGUAUCAACUGCACCACCCAAAGCUACAGUGACUAAACCUAUUGAAUCUAAGCAACCUGAAGUUAAACUACCUUUAACACCACUUAACCCUGUAACUCUUGAUAUGGAUAAGACUCAGGCCACACCCGAUUUCGACUACGCCAAGGAUAUUAAAAUUAAAACUUAUACCCCUGCGUCUGGUUUUGGAUUCAACGAAAUUGUACUGGAUAAGACUGUCAUAUGGAAGUCGAGAGAUAAAAUUUGCGCCACCUUGGUCGUAUUGAGGACAUCUGUUGCUGGGAAACACCUAGCCAUCCUACUGAAUAAUAAUUUGUUCGAGCUUUUGCAACAAUCAGACAAAGAUAAACCAUGGGAAGAUAUCACAUCUACCAGGGCUGAUGUCACUAAACUCAAAUUCUAUGAUGAUGGUGACGCUGAAAUCACUCCAUCUAAUUACAAGGUUACAAUACUUCACUACUCUUAUAGAUACACUUACGAAUUUAAUGAUGGAGUCAACUGCAUGAAAGUUAAAUAUGCUGGCCGUGAUAUUUGGAACUGUAGCGAUGAUCAAAAGUUUGGUGGACCAAUCAAGAUUUUCGAUCUUGGACUUAUUACAAACAAUUUCUUCGUGAAAAAUUUAUCUCAGUAUAAGAAGUCUGAAUGCGAUUCAACAAAUCAAAUUCCUUUGACAGAGUCAAUCGUUCCGUUAAACUCAGCGUCCGGAAAAAAAACUGUUUCUUGCGUACCAAAAGUGGCCGUAACAGUGCAGGUUCCUGUUGGUAGACCCAGACCCAAGAGAGUGGCUGGGGUUGGGGUUAAGUGUACUGGGACAGCAGUCCCAGUCAACAUCGGUGUCAAAUCAAGUACUGAUACAGUUGACUAUAAUGGUGAUAGUCUCAAAAAUGUUAAAAUUUACACUCCUAAGGUCAAUUACGUAUUCAACCAAGUUGUCAUGGGAACGAGUGGGUCUAACUGCUGUGGUUCUGGUUCCGAGAAGGACAUAUGGACUGCUAGGGACGAAAGUGAGUAUUUUUAUAGGGUGUAUGUCGAUGGUUUAGGCGCAUGUACAAAUACUAGCAAUUUUAGUAUUCACCUUUGUAACGGAACCUUUAGGCACUUUAACAAUCCAGGACAUGGUAAUUGGAGAGAGGUGUUCAGUGUCAUUGACUUUGAUAUGAGUACUUCUAGCAGUAAUAUUGAAGUUGACUUCAUUAAGAAGGAUAAUUAUAGGACCUAUGUACCUAAGCCCGGUUAUAAAAUCAGAACGAUUGUGAAGGGAGAUAUACGUAUAUGGGAAUGUCAAAAUAAUGAUUAUGCCAUUAAGGCAGUGUUGAUGGGUUCCGAGGACAAGCCCAAACGCCUUCUCGUUCUUUUACAGAGUGGAAACGCUGCUUUAUUAUACAAGAGCAAGAAGGGCGAAAAGUGGCGAGAUAUCACCUCAACCAAGAAUUCUAUUGCUAAUCUCAAGAUGUACACCAUAGUUGACAAUGAACACAAAGAAUUGAAUCCAAAGCAAUACUCAGUAACCUUGUUUGAUUCAUUACACGGUUAUGUCUUCUAUGAAGGCGUUAACUGUGUGAAGAUUGUGCUUAAGGAUAAGACUCUUUGGGAACACAAUGAUAAAAAUACAUCUGGUAACUUGAAAGGAAUAUUUCUAAAUUUGAUUUCUGAUGAAUUCAGUGUCAUGAAUGAUGAUGAUAGUUUCAAGCCAUGUUAGGAUCUAUAGGAGAUUAACUCAAUAACCCUUGAUAUCGAUAAGACCAAGGAUAUCCUCAGUUAUACUACUUCAAGGAUGGCGAGUUUUAUAAUUAUGUAAUUAACUCUGACCAUCUGUUGGACAAAAUUGCACUUUCCUGAUAUUUGGCUGUCAAAGAUGAUGUGCGUGGAACUUAAUUAGCGUUUUUGAUGUGUAAGAUACCGACAAUUCAAACUCAGUAACAAUUUAUCAUAAACCCUGGUACAAUUGGAAGAUAACUUUAACUCCGUUUACCAAACCAAUCACCGAACAGUGAUUCAGUACAGCCAAACUGAAUCACUAUCAACCUGUAACACAUCCCGUAGAAUAUUGCUUUAUCAUUACACCUAAGCAUUUUGUAUAUUAUACACGACUCAAUCUGUAAUACAUUGUCUGUGAUCCUGCUUAUAAUCAUCGAAAUUAUAUAACAGGAUUUGAAUCUGUAAAUUUUAGUCUUCAAACUCGAGUUUUAUGAAGACUACAACUGUUUCAAUAGAGAGAAAUGUUUCAAAAAUAAUUGUUGACAUUGUAAAAUAACAAUGUUUGUAAAAGUAAUACACUAUCUGUUUAACUGUCAUGACACUGUUCAUAGCAACUCGCUGUAAUCUUUUAUUUGUA